AUGGAGAAAUAUUUUGGCGUCUAUCGAAGCGUUCGCAAGAUCGGGUGUCGAUUGUGUGACUCUGUUGGCAUCUACGUACGUUGACAACAGUGUCCUUGCCGGCGACGACGAUCUCCAACGUUUUCUUAGCGAAUCUGAUCAACAGUUGAAGCUCAAGUGCGCGAAGUUGAAUUGUUCUCGGGCAUGAAGAUUGCCACCGAUGAAGCAUCAGGGAUCAUGACCUUCGACCAAUGCCACCAGAUCGAGACCAUCCUGACCAAUCAUGGCUUCGUGACCACUUCCGCUGUGUGUACUCGGAAUUCCGACAGUGACCUGCACGCGAAUGGAGGGACCUCUCAUCUCAAGCUCAACUGUCGCCAAGUCGUGGACGAGCUUCUCUGGGUUUCCGGGUACACAAGGCCCGACAUCUCCUACGCGGUCACCCAACAGGCUGUCGAGAGGCUGCGUCGAUCCGAAGCCAGAACACUUUUCAGGCAAAUGCGAAGGAUUCUCCCCUACCUCCGCGGCACCACCGACCGUCGACUUCGGUACAAGAGACACUUAUGGAUCAACGUCACUUUGUACUGCCACUCCGAUCAUGCGGCGGAGAAGUCCGGACGUCGUUCAACUUCGGGUUAUGCAGUCAUCAUGGCGGGAUCUGCGAUCACAUGGGCAUCCAAGCGUCAAAUAUCGGUUGUCACUUCUGUUGGAAUCAACAAUGAUCCCGACAUGAUCGACAAAAGAAGAGAACGGCUGGACCAGGAGUCGAACCUGGGGGCGCUUCCAUUCAUUGAAUAAGCUUUUGACCCUCUAUGCUAUCAGGCUCCUGAUAUCAGUGGUAGAUCUACUGAAACCUUCAACAGUCUCAUCUGCCUAAGCUGAGUACUAAGCUCUCUCGGCUGUGCCCGGGAGACGCUGUGGAGUCGCUCUCUGCUUUCUGUAAGGCGCCGCUCCGCUUACGCUUCACGACGACCUCGAGCCAACCUCAGCGGCCUCACGCUUGCUCUCGCGCGCGGGGCCGCAGCGUCUCUUGA